CACAACCGUCCUAAGAAUCUAGCAAUUUCAAAUCCAAAAAUUUCUGCAAAUACAAGCGCCCACAGUGUACACUUCAGUGUCCAUCCUCGUACCAGGAUCAUUCGUCACAAGACCAAUUAGCUCCGUUCUUUUCCAGAGAUUCCAUUCAAGGCAUUGAGAGAGAGUCAACAUGGCUGCCGCGCCCACAGUCCCAGCCCGUUUGAACUUCAUCACAGGCAAUAAGAACAAACUAGCCGAGGUUCAAGCAAUUCUUGAAGGCGUGAUCGAGUUACAAAGUCAGAAUGUAGAUCUUGUGGAAAUACAGGGAACCGUUGAGGAAGUCACGACGGAUAAGUGCCGCCGCGCAGCUGAGGCCGUGCAAGGGCCUGUAUUGGUGGAAGAUACAUGCUUGUGCUUCAAGGCUAUGAAUGAUCUCCCCGGCCCAUAUAUAAAAUGGUUUAUGCUCUCGCUAGGCCCACUCAAACUACACCACAUGCUGGAUGGAUUUGAGGACAAGUCUGCGCAAGCAGUCUGCACGUUCGCGUACUGCGAGGGUCCAGGUCAUGAGCCCGUACUCUUCCAAGGCCGUACGGAUGGAAAGCUGGUUGCCAGCAGAGGCCCUACAGUUUUCGGAUGGGAUUCAUGCUUCGAGUAUAACGGGAAAACGUAUGCAGAGAUGGAGAAGUCUGAGAAGAAUAAGAUCUCACACCGGGGCAAGGCACUGGACAAACUUAAGGAAUGGCUGGCUAGCCGAGUAGAUGCUUGAUUGCAGCCCUGACUCUUGGGCUCUUACGUGCGGUGAUGGUUGUUGUGGUUCUCGUAGGCAUCCUGAGGGAGAGAAAGAAAUUCCAACUUACUGGGUACUCCCCCAUCAAGUGAAUGUGAGGUUUCGUCCUUUCGAUAUGAACGAAAGGCAUCAAGCUUCUGCAGCAUUAU